AUUAUAUAAUUAGACAAUAGCCUACCUACUUUUCAAAAUAUUGUUACCUCCGGAGAAAUGCAUAAAUCUUUAUCAAAGGCUAUAAAUGUAAACCCGUCUAAACCUUGUUCUUCACUCGUCAACGCACCACCUGUCAUUUCCAUCCUAUUUGGGUGGUGUUUCCGUGGGGUGGAGCAACGGGUGAGUCCAAUGAGCGUGAAGCGAAACGAUGGGCUCCCAAGUGGCCUUGCCUCUCUUGGUAGCGCGCUUGCCGCAGUGGACUAAACCGAACGUUUGUGUGGGCCACUUAAGGAGGUGCGCCGACCAAACGGCACAUACUUUCUCAGUGUAGAAUCAGCGAGAUGAAGAGCAGCAACGAUCCUUCAUCAUGUGCUCCAGGCUCCCAAGGACCGCCUGCCUGCUGCGACUCGUUGCAUUCUGCAUCCUCCUUUCGCAUACUGCAGCUUAUUUCGGGCUGACAGGCCGAGAACCAUUAGUCUUCUUACCAGCCCCGUUCUCAAACGAACCACCAACUGGAAAAGCUCACCUAAAACAAUGCGAGCAGAUGACCCUCACUCGACGGCAGAAAAGACUCUGUCGCCGCGAACCGGGUCUAGCAGAGACAUUGCGUGAAUCAGUGCGCCUCAGCCUCUUGGAGUGCCGUUACCAAUUCCGGAAUGAGCGCUGGAACUGCAGCCUGGAUGGACGUGGGAGCCUUCUGAAAAGAGGUUUCAAAGAGACAGCCUUUCUUCUGGCAGUAUCCUCUGCUGCAUUGUCCCAUGCAUUGGCCAAAGCAUGCAGUUCAGGCCGAAUGGAGAGGUGCACAUGCGAUGACUCCCCUGGCAUUCAGCAUCGCGAGGCAUGGCAGUGGGGGGUCUGUGGAGACAACCUGAAAUACAGCACCAAAUUUCUCAAGAAGUUCCUGGGCCAGAAGAGGGUCAGCAAAGACCUGAGGGCACAGAUCGACGCCCACAACAUCAACGUUGGAACUCGGGCAGUGAAAAGCGGACUGAAGACAACAUGUAAGUGUCAUGGCGUCUCCGGAUCCUGCGCUGUGAGGACUUGCUGGAAGCAGCUGUCGCCGUUCCACGACACCGGACGGCUGCUCAAGUUCCGCUACGACACGGCCAUCCGGGUUCUGAGUGUCACCAACGCUGCCACCGGGGCGACGGAGCUGGCGAGUCCAAGACGCCACGGCCAGAACCUCCGCUCGACGGACCUGGUCUUCCUGGAAGACUCCCCCAGCUUCUGCAGGCCCUCGCGAUACUCCCUGGGCACGGCCGGACGCUCUUGUGCCAAGGACACCAGCUGCCAGAGCUUGUGCUGUGGGAGAGGCUACAACACAGCCAUGCGCCUCACCACUCUCUCAUGCCACUGCCAGGUGCGCUGGUGCUGCCACGUGGAGUGUCAAACCUGCGUCAGGGAGGAGGAAGUCUACACCUGUAAAAAACACUGAUAAAGAGAAAGGAGAGAUGUGGGAGAGCAAUAAGAUGGUGGGGAUUUAAACAAAGGAAGCUGUGUCAAGGCAUAGUCAAGGCUGCAAGUGAGGGAAAGAACACUUGAAGUACGAGAAUGAGAAAGAAAGUGAUUGAAAGUUUGCUGGGGUUUUGUUCCACUGAAAACUGUCCAAAUUGCUGAACUGCAACCGUUCAUAGACACUGAUUUGAGGGAUUUGACAUGUAAGCACGUCUUCCCAGAUGAAGUAAAUAUUAUUCGGGGAAGAGCACGUAAUCGUAACAAGGUCAUGCUGUUGUUCGUUAUUGGCCAAUCGUUUGAAUCAAGCAUAGCUUUGCUGAAGCAUUACUCAGGAGUUAGGGGGAUGGUUGUAUUGCUGGAAACCGGGGGGGGUGGGGGGUACUAGGUACUGGGCUGGAAGCCCUUUCCGAAUGUGGAAAUGUGGGGUGGCUCUGACAGUAGCUUUGGGUCGGCUUUGUGCUUAAGGGCUUUAUCAAAAUGUAGAGCAUCAGCAAUGGUUCUGCAGUAAACAGCCUAAAAGGAAUUGGAUGCAUUGAAUUAUUUGUCUUUUUAUGUCUGAUUUCCUGCUGUGGAACAGUUUAAUUGUUCAUUCAGUACAAGCAUAAUGAAAAAAGCAGCACUUUUCCAACUAGUUCAGUGUAAUGUAUCUACUGUAUGUGGACUUAGUACACUACUCUUCAUUUUCUUAGGAGAGAAAAACUAACUUUUAUGGUUCAAUACUGAUGAUUUUCUCACAUGAAUUCUGAUUUAACUUAAUCCUUUGAUAUUUGGAGAUGGGUGUAAUGUCAGCACAUGGUGCUUUUUCAUCAUGACUAGCCAGUAUGGCAUUUUCAUUAAGUAUUUCACUAUGUAUUUAUAGGGUUUUUGUGUGGUAAACAGACUUAGUUUCAGUUGCUCUUAUGGAAAUGUCUAUGGAAAUGUUUGCGUGUCUGCUCUACUGUGCAAAGAAAAACACAAAGGGACUCACUCAAAGUGAGAGGGACAAUGUCUAUGAAACAUGCCAAGUUUGUAUUUUCCUGAACUGUGUAAAGAACAUACCAAAUCUCUAUACUUGGUUUAUAAAGGGGUGUACAUCUGCAUGCACUGUUCUGUGCUUUCAAGUAAAGGGCUCUUGGUUUCCCUGACCAAUUCAAACAGUUCUCUCUAAAGAGGCUAAUUCAGGCAAAUCGGUGUUGUUUAAUGCCUUUGAAAUGUACCAAUCAUGCUCCUUAUUUUCCCAAUUACCAAUCAGAGUAAAUAGCUACACUUACUUCUUCAUUCCUCUACACAAAAGCACCCCAUCGGUCCAUGUGUGCAGGUCAAAGGUGCAUGUCUGACUGCCCCAAGGGUUUUAGACAUGGAUCAUUUUCAGAGGAUCAUUGUACCAUUUCAUAGUCCGAGUUUGUGCUUUUUGUACAAGGUUGUAGAGUUGUACUCGUGAAUAUAACUCAUACCAGGGAUCCAAGCAUGACACAGUGGAAUCUUAUAUUUCUACCUCACACCUGGUCUUUGGGCAAUUAUCAUAAUGAUUUAUUUGCCUUGCAGAUACUUGCUUUUGCAUCCGUCAUGAAAUUAACAUUCUAUUCUAUUACAUGUAUGUACAAAAAUGUUUAACUAGGCCAUAGCUGAAUAUGUAACAACGUUUGUUUUUGUUUUUUUUAUUUUAAGAUGUAUUCUUAUUUAAAAGCAAUUAAGAUAAAUAAAU